AGGUCGUGACCUGACCUUGUCUGUGGAAUUCGGAUGAAUAAUACACAAUGUAUGUGCAUUACAUUUACUUUCGUUGAAAAUGUGUGACACAUCGCACUGAUGCACUGAUUUAGUCGCGGGUUUUUGUAUUUUUAGGUAGGAUUUUCCAGUACUCUUCUUCACAAUUUCACCAAGAUGGGGACGAUACGGCAACGAGGAUGCCUGUGCUCCGCUCUUUUAGUUUUCGUAGGUCUACAGAUUGUUAGAAUUGAGUGCUCCAAUUUAGAGAUUCGGCUACCGAUCGUCAAGGAAGGGCCGCUUGACAGCGCGUUUGGGCUUUCCGUUGCCGAACACACAGUGACGAAAAGUCCGCCGUCACCCACCAAUGGUUAUGAAGGCAGUUUGGUCUUAGUCGGUGCGCCAACAUACGAAUCCCCCGAUGCUGUGGUACCAAAGACGGGGGCAGCCUUCAAAUGCCCCCUCAGUACGUUCGUUGAUGAUUGCGAGGACUUGAAAUUAGACGACGAUGCGAAUGAUCCCAAUGAGAAUAAGACCGACCAGUGGCUGGGCGUGACAGUCAGAAGUCAGGGGCGUGGUGGCAAAGUAGCGAUCUGUGCCCAUCGCUACAAAACAGUGUCCUCGGAAGAGAUCAGCGGUUUGGGCAAGUGCUUCCUGAGAAACGCCGAUCUGACAGUGGACGACUUCCGCAGCGUUCCGUGGAAGAUGUGCCGCAACAUUGGGCUAGGCAAGAGCAAAUAUGGCUACUGCCAGGCCGGUACUGGGUUCUACAUCACACAGGAAGAGGAUGGCGUAGAAGGUGAAUACAUCUCAGGAACACCAGGUGCGGGAGACUGGAGAGGGGGUGUCUUUGCAGCCAACAUCGUCGAUCCAGACACCCCGUUCUUUGACCAGAGUCGCACCAAGCUUGACGACUCGACCGGUGUCGGUCUGAACAGCUACCUGGGCUUCUCGGUGACCUCGGGCAAGUUUGGUCCUAACUUUCUGAUCGCAUCCGGUGCCCCGAGAUACAACGCCAUCGGUGCCGUGGUCAUGCUGAGCAAGCAAGAUGGCACGGACUUGACGAUGCAGUCGAUCAUAUAUGGAGAACAGCUGGCAGAAUCCUUCGGUUACGAGGUCUGCUCGGCUGAUCUGGAUGGGGAUGGUUUUGACGAUCUGAUUGUUGGUGCACCUAUCUACUAUGACCGAAGCACUGAGGCCGGGGGACGCGUGUACAUCUACCUGAACAAACACCAGAACGGUUCCUUUUCAUCCAUAGAACCCAUUCGUCUGACGGGCCCCAGGGAUUCCAUGUUUGGCAUCGCCAUCACUAACCUAGGAGAUCUCAAUCUGGAUGGUUACGAGGAUAUCGCCAUCGGCGCCCCCUAUGAGAACGACGGUGAGGGCACUGUCUACAUUUACCUAGGCGGCCCCGACGGCGUCGUGCAGCCAGCGUCACAGAAGAUCUCUCCGUCCGAUCUGCCCGCCGACCUGCCGAAUACCAGGGAAAUCGGGGGAGCGUUUGGUUAUUCCCUGUCUGGGGGAAUUGACUUGGAUGGUAACGACUACCCUGAUCUUACUGUGGGCGCCUUUGAAGCUAACACUGUGGUUACUUUCAGAGCCCGGCCCAUUGUUAACGUCACAGCAGAACUUCUCCUGGAGACGUCGGAGAUAGAUGCCAACGCCACAAACGCUGUGUACAACGGCAAACCAACGUUUCGUUUUUAUGUCCAAGCUCGAAUGCAGUACACAUGCAACUCAUACAACUUUGAUGCUCCAAUAAAGGUGGAGUAUUCCAUUGAAGCUGAGGAGGUGAGACGGGCCUUGGGCCUGACCUCCCGUAUCAUCUUUGAAGGGUCCAACUCCUACGCCAUCCGGGACAAGUCCAUGACUCUCAGACCACAGAGUGAAGAGGCACCCAAACGCUCACCCAAAUACUAUGCUGUACUCAGGCCGGGAUUCAAGGACAUCUUCCGCAAGAUCCCGUUCAAACUGACCUACCAGCUGAAAGAGGUGGAGGUGGAGACCCCUGCCCCCGGCGACGACCUCCCUGACAUCAAUGAGCUACCCAUCCUAAACAGCCUGCAUGAUCCAUCAUAUGUAGCUCAGCAAGGAUCUUCAGCCAGCCAGUUCCAGCUUGAUUUCACCAAGGCCUGUGCCCAAGACGACGGCAAAUGCAUCACUGAUUUGGACUUGGACGCCUCUUUGAGACUCGAUGGGAUGCCCCCUAUACUGCGCGUGGGUGAGCACAAGGAUCUCAAACUGGACGUGGUGCUGACGAACAGAGAAGAGCCGGCGUAUGAUGCCAAGCUAAUCAUCAUCUUCCCUGACAUACUCAGCUUCAAUAAGAUAGAGGACUCAGCCUCCCAGCGUAUUCGCUACGGAUGCAAGCCUCUGGAGAACAACGACACAGUGAUUAAGUGUGAGCUGGGCAACCCCUACCCAGAACUGCACACGGAGCGGUUUACCAUCAAGUUUGAUGCUAGCGAUGUACCAUCAGAUGCUGAUAACUUCACUAUCACAAUGGAAGCAACAUCGACAAACGAAGACAGUCACCCAGAGGACAACAACGCCACCCUCUUUGCUGAGGUGGAGAGUAUUACAGACAUCGAGAUCCUAGGUGAAACCAACGCAGUGCAGUACAGGUUUGGCGGUGACAUUCGUGGGGAGAGUGCCAUGGAGUUCACUGACGAGAUUGGUGAUGAGGUGAUCCACACGUGGUCGGUCUUCAACAAAGGUCCAGGCAUUGUGCCAGAGUCGGUGUUGACCAUCAGCUUCCCUUACGAGGUGGCCAAUGGCAAGUGGUUGUUGUACAUGACCCACAAGCCCGUGGUCAGCAACGACAGAGGGCGUUGUGAGAUUGACCCCAUCUACAUCAACGAGCUGAAGAUCCAGGAGCGACCGAAGGGGCCAUCUUACGAAUCGCUCUCCACUGCUGCCCCAGCAAAUGCAGAGGAACCACCGUCUAGUGCUGUAGUACCAUCCACAGAAGCAUCUGCCACAACCGGUGGGGGACGGAGGAAGAGACGGGCUGUAGAGGGUGGGGAACAGGUCGUCAGGCCUGAGAGAAGCAAUGGAGGACAGGCACAGCCCCUGACUGAACAGAACGUCAGACUGGAUUGUUGGAACAAGCGAGCCACCUGCUUUGAGUUCAAGUGUUACAUCGAUCGUCUUGGGGAUGAUGAGGCGGCGAAGAUUAUUGUCCGGUCCAGGCUGUGGAAUGCCACCUUCCUGGAGGACUACAUCAAUGCAGAGCAGGUCAUGGUGGGCUCAGUGGGGAGGAUUGAGAUCAUGAACGCUCCAUUCCUGACGCAGUAUAACUUUGACAAUGAUGAAUUUAAUUUGACCAUGAUUGUCAGGCCUAACAUUCAGACCCUACCACCACCGGAGCCCCUGGCCUGGUGGAUCAUACUUCUCGCCGUGCUAGGGGGCCUGCUCAUUCUCAUCCUACUGAUUCUCUUGCUGUGGAAGGUGGGAUUUUUCCGUCGGCCGGGAACAAGAUCGGGUGGUGGUGGUCCAUGUGGUUUCUUUGAGAGGAAGACAAUGGGCUACAAUUACGCCUCCGUCACUCAGAAAACAGCGGGUGGAAAAGCCGCGACGGAAAAGACUGCAUACUACGACGAGAAAUACUUCACAUAGAUGCAUCGAUUAUUACCAAUUGAGGAUUUGUCAUCAUUUCAGUUGUGUGUAAUAAUAGCAAAGACAAUAUAUGCAAUGGUAUAACUUGAGCAUGCUUGCAAAUAAAUUUGGCUGUAAAAGAUGCUGGUAUUAGGGGUGGAGCUUAAAUGAAAGUGUGGGAGGGGCAAUCUGUUUUCUCAACAAUGAGACUUUUGUAUGUGCACAGUCUUACGAUGGAUGUGUAAUUGUGCAUUGAAUAAUUGUGUGGUUGUGGGCAUUGAGAUAUGUCAGCAGUGAUCAUGUGGGGAAGUUUUCUAUGGUAAUGAAAGUUUGGACCGAGUUUGGGGGACUUUGGAUUGUCCCCGCAGUAUUUUUGGUCCACACAAUGCCUGUUCUUCCUCAGAUGUGUGGUCCCCACAACUAUGGAACAAGUGUUCUAAGAGUGAUGGUUGUGCCAAGAACAAGUGUGUUACUUAAUCAAGUAAAACUAAGUGAUGUAUUAACUGUUCCAUUGUGUCCUACUGUAACUAAAAAAUCUGAAACUACUUCAACUUGAUGCUAGCAGUUCAAGCGAACACCAACUGACAAUUGGUUUUUUUGUCAACUAGGCAUGCAAAAAAUGCGAAGAGUAACAUCUUACUUGCCUGUUCAAAUGUUCAUGACGGAAAGACAAUCCUUUGCUUUUUUUGACAGGGUACAAGCUGCUUUUAAAAAAUACCAAUUUUUCCAUUUUUACUCUUUUUUGUGUGUUAAAGACCACAGUACCUUUACAAAUAAAGGAUUAAAGAAAUCAUACCAACCCUCAAUAUGUUUUCUUUGAGAGAGAAAAAAGACCUUGAAAAUGUGUUAAAAAAAAAAGAAUUUGUUUAAAACUAGUAUUUUUAAGUAAAGUCCAGGUAAGUCGUGUACAUUGUACAAUCAUUUACAGUCAAAAGUUAAUACUUAUAAAUGUAGAAUAACUUCAUGGUCUUACAUUAAUUUUACAGAAUCAUGUUCAAAUGUGCACACGUGUACAUUUGACAAAAUGUCACUGUUCGGCAUAUCAAAGUGUGAUAAUGAGCCAUUUCUCCACUUCCUUUAGUCCCACUGUCGUGCAAUUUCCUUUUUCUCUUUAGUCUUCCAAAUUCUAUCUCAUGUCUUACCUAAAAGCAUAAGAAACCAGGCCUGUUUGUUUAUUGUAUAUAAUUUAUCAUUGGUGCUGUUGUUUGCUUUGAAUGCAUGAUGCAACAAUUGUCCUGAUUGCAAGGUUUAUUAAGAUGCACUGGUUCGAUGCCAAACUUUCUGGCAAAUUUAGUUUUUAUUCAUUUACUUGUGUCUCUUCUCUUGCUGGAUCAUACAGUUUAGUGUAUAACUCGUAUUCGUCCAAUUAGUGCUUAAUAUUGCACGUUCUUGGUAUUUUUUAGGUGCACUUUAUUACCAGAGAUCGGAAAGUUUGUUUCAAUUCCCUUUUCGACGUGGUUAUAAUAUUGAUGAGCAAAAAACCUUUUCCUAUCGUUCAAGUAAUGUAUGUUUCUGCAUUAUGGAAGGAAAAGUUUCAGAUAAUGGACUACAUGUAGUGCUUCAAGCGAUUGGAAAUGCAUAUAUCCAAGAAAGUUCAUUUAAUAUAGAAGUUGGAUAUAUUGGACAUUUUUUAUUAACCAAAUCAGCCUUGCUUAAAUGUUUUGUAUGCAGAAUUUUUUUUCUAACAUUAAUGUAUUCUUGUACGUCAUAGCGGUACUAUUGAUAGUUGUAACAAAUCCUUCCAGUGUAUUUAUAGUGUAAAGAUAUGCUUCCUAUUGUUUUUUGUUUUUUUCAAUUUACAACUCAGUUAUGUGUUUGUUUGUUGUUUGUUUUCAUCAUAUCAAUCAUUACAUAACAUGACACGUUUUAAUCUAUUGUUAUAUAGGACUUCCAAGUUUUGGAAAGGCAGAAAUAACCCGAGCGUCAUACUCUACACCUCGUGUUUGCCAUAUUACGCUGGUGAUCUCCUGUCAUUAUACCUAUCAUUGGUGUUUGAACGAUCCAAGUCAUCUGACUUGAUACUGGGUGACUUGUGAUUGACUUGAUUUACAUCAAUGUACUUGAAAGAAAGUUCGAGAAUGUUCAAUGAAUCUUACAAUGUCGCUUUAGUUUCUGACUACAUCGACUAAACCAGCAGAACAUUCGAUUUCGAUCUCUAGUGAAACGCAUUCACAUUGUAAUGCAUUCACUGGCCUAUGGGCCUAUUCUCCCAAAUGGUUCCUUAGGGAGACACUUUCUAGUAAAUUAUUUUACAGUAGGGAGACACUGGGGAUUAGGUCGACAUUAUGUCUUCCUCAUAUUUUAACUGCAAUUUCUGCAAGGAAUUUAACUGUCAAAAGUUGCUUCAAAGUUAGGUUGAUUUUAGGUUGAUUAUAGUAUAAUUGAAAAGUUUGGAGUGGGGAGGGUAUAUUUGAAAUGGGGUUAUUGGAGGGUUUUUGGUUGUGUACAAGUCUAUGGGAAUUUCUCCCUGAGGUACCAUUCGGUAAUUAUUAUAGACCUAAAAUAACUAUCUCUAUAGUGUCACAGUACACGCUUAUGCGAUAUUCAUGUAUGAAUUUUGUAAACUAUUACAUUUUUUAAAUGCUUUGCAAGCCCAGGUACUGUAUACAUGUACAUUUUAUUUUUUAUCCUUAAUAUUUCUCGCUUCUUCUUUUUUUGAAUAAGUGUUUUACAUUUUCUGAAGAAUCAAUUACAUAGAGAACAUCGUUACACUUGUGUUAUAAAAAGGAACUAAAAAGUUGCCUGCUAUUUUUACUGUGUAGAUGGUAAAAAGUUGGCCGAAGUGUUCGGUGUUUAAAACAAAAUGAAGUACUAUUUUGCCAUUGUCUUAUUGAUCUUUGAUUAUUUUUCACCCUUAUUGUAAAGAGUGAAGGAAAAAAAACACUCUUAAAGAUUUGUCCACCAUAUGGGUUCAUUUGAAAGAGUCGAAGCUUCACUGUUUUAGAGUAUUUUUUUCCUCCAUGGGCCAAUAGUUGGUGAGGGGGAAACACUCGAAAAGAGUGAAAUUUCCACUCUUCCAAAGAGCCAUAUGGCGAUUUGGGUCUUUUUCGUUUUACUGUAAGAGAACCAGUAGUGUCAACUCUACUAAUGUAAAAGACUGAUUAUGAUGUAUCUAGAUUAAGUUAUUUAUUACUAAUUGCAUGAUUUUUCUAAUGCGUGCUACCAAUUUUACCAAGGAAAGUGUCUAUUGGCUUCAGCUCGAUUUUUUUAGCAGUAACUGUAUCUACUGUUAGCUUGUGUCAUCAGUACUGUAUCAAAAGCUUGACGUUUGUAUUAACAUUUUCAUAGGUAACUUGACUAAAAUGUAAAUGUACUGUGUUUUUUUUGUAUAGAGGAUCGCAGAAAAUGUCUUUUUGAAAUUGAAGUAGGUAAUUUAUGCGCUUAAUGGUUUUGUAAUCAGUGAUGGCGUGAGAGAUAAAACAAAAAUGGUGAAUUCAAGUGUUUUAUGAAAAA